AUGAUGGUCAGAUUCAACUCCAGUGAAGCAGCUGCUGAAAAGGCAUCUGCACCUGUUGAUCCAAAAAUCCAGUCAAUUGUCGACUCAAUUUCAAGCUUGACUUUGGUUGAAACUUCUGCAUUAAUCAAGGCUUUGAAAACUCAACUAGAUAUCCCAGACAUGGCAUUCCCUGUUGGUGGUGUUGCUGCACCAGCUGCUGCACCAGCUGCCGCUGAAGGUGAAGGUGAAGAUGCUGCUCCAGCACCUGCUGAAAAGACCAUUUUCAACAUCAAGUUAGAGAGUUUCGAUGCAAAGACAAAGGCUAAGAUCAUCAAAGAAGUUAAGGGUUUGUUGGGAUUAUCACUUGUUGAUUCCAAGAAAUUCGUUGAAGCUGCUCCAAAGGUGUUAAAGGAAAACGUUGCCAAGGAAGAUGCUGAAAAGAUCAAGAAAACUUUAGAAGAUUUAGGUGCAAAGGUUUCUCUAGAAUAA